GCAGGCAGAGAGCAGGAGAAGUGCAGUCCUGCAGUGGUUCCAAGGCAGCCCGUUAGCCCCCCGCCUGCCAGUCUGUCCCCAGAGCCAUGGAAAGAGCCAGUCUGAUCCAGAAGGCCAAGUUGGCAGAGCAGGCUGAGCGCUAUGAGGACAUGGCCGCCUUCAUGAAGAGCGCCGUGCAGAAGGGCCAGGAGCUGUCCUGCGAAGAGCGAAACCUGCUCUCAGUGGCCUACAAGAAUGUGGUGGGCGGCCAGAGGGCUGCCUGGAGGGUCCUGUCCAGUAUCGAGCAGAAAAGCAAUGAGGAGAGCUCGGAAGAAAAGGGCCCAGAGGUGCGAGAAUACCGGGAGAAGGUGGAGACGGAGCUCCGGGGCGUGUGCGAUUCCGUGCUGGGCCUGCUGGACACCCACCUCAUCAAGGAGGCCGGUGAUGCCGAAAGUCGGGUCUUCUACCUGAAAAUGAAGGGCGACUACUACCGCUACCUGGCCGAGGUGGCCACCGGUGAUAACAAGAAGCGCAUCAUCGACUCAGCCCGGUCGGCCUACCAGGAGGCCAUGGACAUCAGCAAGAAGGAGAUGCCGCCCACCAACCCGAUCCGCCUGGGCUUGGCUCUGAACUUCUCUGUCUUCCACUAUGAGAUUGCCAACAGCCCUGAGGAGGCCAUCUCACUGGCCAAGACCACGUUCGACGAGGCCAUGGCUGACCUGCACACCCUCAGCGAGGACUCCUACAAAGACAGCACCCUCAUCAUGCAGCUGCUGCGAGACAACCUGACGCUGUGGACAGCCGACAACGCCGGGGAAGAAGGGGGCGAGGCUCCCGAGGAGCCCCAGAGCUGAGCUGAGCCCUGCUGGCUACCCUUCCCGCCAUGCCCUGCACGCCCCAGUCGCCACCGCCAGCAGAGAGGACUGGUAUGGGGUGGGAGGUCCCCCCUUCUCCCCCUAGUGCCCUGCUUCAGCUCAGAAAGUUCCACAGAGGGGGACCAGCAGAGCUGAGGCCACCCGGACCCAGAGGACCCUGCUGUUCAAGUAGCUGUCAGGCCACCCCACCCACCCCUGCUCUGCACCCCUCAUCCAAACCCCACCCGAGAACGGGGAUCACUUCCCUCCUGCUCCUGCUGUAUCUGGAUCUUAGGAAUUAAGGAGUGUCCCACCCUUGUGGCUGAGAACCGGACUGUGUGGCAGAAGCUGGAGAUGACUGCUUGUGUGUGUGUGUGUGUGUGUGUGUGUGUGUGUGUGUGAGUGAGUGAGAGAGAGAGAGAGAGAGAGAGAGAGAGACCGCACUGUCUGCUGGGUGUGGCCAUGUUUCCUCUCAAUAAAGUUCCCCUGUGACACUC